GUCCAUGUCAAAUCAUUUCCUCUUCCGGUGGUCGUGUUGUGGGGAGUGGAUCUGGUUUGGAUAAUCUGAGACUGAAGCCGGAAAAAAAGUGAAAAAUUUUCCAGAUUCACCGAGUCGAUUAGACCUUGAAAAAGAACCGAAGAUGAUUCUACUGGAAAUCAAGAAUAAAAUACUGGAGGAGACAUUAUUAGCGAAAUUUGAGGCGGCAAAGGCGGGGAACAAAGUCGACAGUACAGACAUUGUUAUUGCAGAUUACGAUGGUGUAACAUACCACAUUUCCAACCCUGAUGGACAGAAGACCAAAGUGAGGGUUAGCAUUUCGCUCAAAUUCUACAAGGAUCUCCAAAAACACGGAGCAGAUGAGUUACUGAAGCGAGAAUACGGCUCUCUCAUCAUUGAAACUGAGGAAGGCUACAACGUCUCCAUCCUGUAUGAUCUUGAGAACCUUCCCAAUGACAUUGCGGGAGAGGCUGCCAAGGGAGCUCUACUCAAACGCAACUGCUUCGCCUCAGUCUUUGAGAAGUACUUUGACUUCCAGGAACGUGAGGAGACAGGCCAAGAGCGGGCGGUCAUCCAUUACCGUGAAGACGAGACUAUGUACGUUUCAGCUGAGAAGGAUCGUGUCACGGUGGUCUUUAGCACUGUGUUCAAGGAUGACGAUGACGUCAUCUUUGGCAAAGUCUUUAUGCAGGAGUUCAAGGAGGGGCGAAGGGCGAGCCAGACUGCCCCUCAGGUCCUCUUCAGCCACAAGGAACCUCCUAUGGAGCUGCAGGGCACUGAUGCGGCAACAGGAGACAAUAUCGGAUACAUUACGUUUGUCUUGGAGCCCCGUCACACUAACCGUAAGGCCCGUGACAACACCAUCAAUCUGAUCCAUCUCUUCCGGGAUUACCUGCACUACCACAUCAAGUGCUCCAAGGCCUACAUCCACACUCGCAUGCGAGCACGCACUGCAGAAUUCCUGAAAGUCCUCAACAGGGCCCGGCCUGAGAACUCCAACAAGGAGAAGAAAACAAUAAGUGGAAAGACCUUCAUCCGCAGUUAAAUGCCAGUUGUGAAGAAGACGUAUAUCACGGAUAUCCUUUUCUUCCAGAGCUUAUAAAAUACACACAAAUAAACUAACUGUGCAACUUUUCCAAACAAGAGAAAUGGAAGAAAGGAAAGCAUACUUUCACUGACCUUUGCUUUCCAUUUCCUGUGUAUAUAUAGUGCAUUUUCAUAUGGGAAAUGGCGGAAAAAAAUUGUCUGCUGAUUUUACUUUUAUGUUUUGGGGGUUUGAAAGUUCUAAAGUGCAUUCCUCAGAUGCAAGAAAACAGAACAGGAUUUAUCAGUUUGAAUUUUUGUAAAGAAAAAAAAUCGCUUUUGCUCACUGAGCAUUAUUAAACUCAGAGUAAGUGGAAUGCACCAAUGGUUUUUUUUCACACUGAAGUUUUGCUUUUCUCAGAGCUGUGAAACAUUUUAAAAUUGUCCGUUUGGAUUCGACAUAGUGUGUGAAGGUCAAUGAAUAAUGUAAACAUCAAUUGAUUUGAUUGGCCUUGGUCAGUCACGGUUAUAAGCUCUCUCAAUUCCCUCAGUAAGGCCACGUCAAUAUUACUCUGCUUUGGCUAGGACUUACACGUACACCUAUGGUUGCGAUGGAAGCCGUUUCCCAUGAACAUAUGUGAUUCUGUCAGCCACAGCCCGUUGAUUCAUACUAAAGCUAACUACAUGUGUGGCCAGUAGUUUAGAUUGACAACCUGUAGAGACCAGUGCCUCCAAUUAAAGACGUGCAUUUGCAGAAAGCUCAUCAAAGACUACUGGUCAUGUAAGGCAGUGAACACUCCUUGUUUUUCAACAGAUGCAGAGGAUCUUGUUUUCAGCAAUCAAAACAUGACAGACAGCCAUUUGAAAGGUUGAAACUAUGUUCACUUUUGGCAGAAGCUUCUUUGGGGAAACUGUGAAACUGUUCGAUAAAUGUUUGCAAACGUUUCCCCCACAUGAACAUUUCCAAGCCACAUACAGAAGCAUUUAUAAGUCGUAGUCAGUGGUCUUUUUGUAAUCAUUUAGAAAUGUAAUCGUUUCUAGAAUGUUGUAAUGUCAGUCUGGUUAUUUUACCAAAGUAGACUUCAUUUCAGGAGUAAAUCUGUGGCAGAAAAGUAGAUAAUAUGAGGUUGGAGGAAUCUCCUAGUUUCUCAAUGUGUCGAAUUCUCGUGACCAUUUGCUGUGGUAUUAUAUUUAUGAUUUGUGUGCGUAAUGUCCUAUCUUCAAUUUGUGGUCUCAUGAAAUUUCUGGAUGAUUUCUAUGCAUGCACAAUAACAGCUUGCCUAUCAGAUUUGAAACAUAACUGGGCCAAAAUUGACCUCCAAAUACAGAGUUUGCCUUAUUUAUUUCUUUUUCAAAAGCUUCUAGCCACGUGGAGAUAAAAUGCCAUUCUUAGGCUACAAAGUAGUUGCAGCAAACCAAAAUACAGACCUUUACUGACAAAUUUACACAAUGAUAAAGUUGGAUAUCGUAACAAAGUUUCUAGAACUUGUGGAAGAUGUUUGAUUUAAUUUUAUAAAUACUCUAAAGUUUAAUUGGGUAGCACCCUUCAUCAACCAAGCUCUUCAGUUAUAAGCUGGAAGUUGAAUUUAUUCUACAAUGCCAUCAAAAAUACUUAAGGUGCAGGCCGGAAGUCUACAUUAUUUUUUCACAUCAUGUUGUAAAAUUUUUAGCUGUUAUCUCCAAAUUUGUCUUUGCAGGAGAUAGUUGCCAGCAUACACCAUUAGAGUUGGUAUCAAAAGUAACAGUUGUCAAGUAGCCAUUUUCUGAUUAUUCUGUUAAUGUAUAAUUUCAAUUCUCUAACAAGACCAAAUCUUUUGCUUGUUAAUUUUUUUUAGAUAUGGGUAUUUUUGAUGAGUUAAAAAACACCUGAUCUUUCUUCAGUAAAUAUGGUUGUCAGCUAUGUAUACUGGGUCAGGUGUAGGGUUAAUUUACAGGGCAAAAUUAUGCAAAAUAACAAUGUUGGUGAUGAUAAUAACUAUCGUAUGACUCUAGAUUUCUAUCAUCGACAAUUAAAACAUCUUAGCCAAGAAAA